AUGGACUACAAUAUACAGGUUGGCUCUGGAUCUAGGAAACAGUUAUCUAUGGCUCAGAUUCUCGAUAGAAUCCGUGCCAUCUCAGGGUAUUCAGGUUUAUAUAGUGGAAUUGGUUGGUCGAUUACUGGUAGAGCAUUGGGCUUGGGAGUUCGCUUUGGUGUUUAUGAGAUAUUGACAGCAUUCUACAAAGACGGCCGUGAAGACAACUAUGUGCAUGUCUCUAAAGCUCUAAUGGCAGGAUUUGCUGCUUGCAGUGUGGAGUCUCUUGUAAGCUCUCCAUUUGAACUUAUUAAACUCUGUGCCCAGGUGGCUUCUGCUUCGCGCAUUCCCCGCCAUCCAUCCAUUGCUGAAAUGAAUGCUGUUCCUCCUUUAAUUUCGAGAUUACUGCCCGGAUAUUCACUGGACAUGAAGGCAAUAAGUAACUCGGCCAGUAGAUGUGUUGUCAGUUUGGAAGGAUGGGGUGCUCUAUGGAGAGGCCUUAGACCUGGAUUAGUCCGAGAUUCCAUUUUUGGUGGCAUAUUUUUUUCUAGCUGGCAAUUUUUUCACAGAGCGAUGCUGGAAUGGAAAGCAGUUGGAAUGGAUCCCAUACCCAGUUUCGAUGAAGAAAUUGGUCCAUUGUCUCCGGUAGCUGUUAGUCUAGCAGCUGGAGUUUCUGGUUUAGUAGCUGCAGCUGCCUGUGAUAGUUUAGACACUGCCAAAAGUCGAUCACAAUGCAUUGUGCUCCCUAAGUUUGUAUCCAUGGAGAGAAAAUACCUCAGAUGGAAUAGACCAGGAAAGAGAUUUGAGAGACUUACCGGCAUCCACCCUGCAGAUAGGAAUUUUCUGAUGAACGGAAUAUGGUUGCGGAUGUUGUAG